UUUAUUGUUAGUGUUUCUGGGGUGUGAUGUGAUGCUGAACUGAACUGAUCUGGAGUCUGUGCGCGCGCCGCUGUUCAUGAUGGUGCCGCUGCGGAGGGAUGAGGACACAACAUUACAGAGGCCUCCAGCGUCUUUAUAGCACUGCCCUUUUGUCUUUGGGAUGUUGACCGGACAGAAGCAGAUUAACUAAUGACUCGAGCUUCAAUACACAGCCGCAACAAAAGCAAGCACGUGGACACGAACCCAGGACUGAGCUCCUCCGUCAGGAUCAUGGGAGAGAAUGGCCCUCUCUCGGUGACAGCCAUGCUCUUUGAGGACGAGGAAGAGGAUGUGGACAAACUGGGCCGUGAGGAGGAAGAUGAGGACAAGAUGGCAGACUUUGACAAGGACGACAGCAUAAUCUCGGGACCCUCGUCCUCCUCGGGAAGGGUCUAUGAUCGCACCACGGUGCUCAUCGAGCAGGACCCCAUCCGCCUGGACGAGGAGGGCGAGGAGGACGGCAUGGCCUUCCUGCAGGAGGGAGAGUGUGAGGGGGACGAGGGCUCUCUGGCCUUCAUGGGUGACCCGGAUGGCAUGUCGCAGGGAUACAUACACCACACCAUCUCUGCGGACCAGAUACAGUUCAUCAUUAACCCGGGGUCCACCCCUAUGCCGCGAAACAUCGAGGGCGCAACGCUGACGCUACACUCCGAGUGCCCCGAGACCAAGCACAGAGAGGUGAAGCGAUACCAGUGCAUGUUUGAGGGCUGUACGCGCACCUACAGCACGGCGGGAAACCUGCGCACGCAUCAGAAAACGCACCGCGGUGAAUACACGUUUGUAUGCAACCAGCAGGGCUGCGGCAAAGCCUUUCUCACAUCCUACAGCCUGAAGAUCCACGUCCGCGUCCACACAAAAGAGAAGCCCUUUGAGUGUGACGUGCAGGGCUGUGAGAAAGCCUUCAACACUCUCUACAGACUGAAAGCACACCAGAGGCUGCACACUGGGAAGACGUUUAACUGUGAAUCAGAGGGAUGUACCAAGUACUUCACCACACUCAGUGACCUGAGGAAGCACAUCCGCACACACACGGGCGAAAAACCAUUCCGGUGUGAUCAUGAUGGCUGUGGUAAGGCUUUCGCUGCUAGUCAUCACCUGAAAACACAUGUACGGACACACACUGGAGAGAAGCCGUUUUUCUGUCCGAGCGAUGGCUGUGAGAAGACCUUCAGCUCUCAGUACAGCCUGAAGAGUCACAUUCGGGGUCACGAUAAAGGUCCAGGGUUCACCAUGAGCAGUCAUCCGCUGUCAGAGGAUGCGAAUCACUCGCUGUGCCUCAGUGAUUUGAGCCUCAUUUCCACAGACUCUGAGCUCCAGGAAAACCACAAUUCUCAGGGUUUGGAUCUGAACAGCGUCACCCCCAUACGAAUCUUUGAGCUGAUGUUCCAGAGUCCUGAGAACAGUGUCAGCCCGGACGACCCUAAACCCACAGAUAACCUAGCGGAGUCUUUUGGCCUUGAGUCGUCACCUCAGACAGCUGCUGCAGAAGUGUCUGAUCAGUCCCCUUCAUCCACCUCUUCCCCAUCCUGCUCCAUCACGACCCCUGAUGUGGAGGCUCAGAGUCCGCCUACAGCACUCCCCUCUCAGUCGGCCCCGCCUCCUCCCGCUGUCAGCAGCUCAUUACUGACCUCCACUUUCCCUUGUGCUCCGCCCACCUCAUCACACUCACAUGAAGUGCCCGCUCCAUCUGCACCCUCAGUUGCCCAGCAUUACGUGACACUGACCUCUACGGCUCAGCCGGGGCCUCCGCCAUCCGCGCCAGGAGUCUCCAGCGUGCCGGCCGUGACGACUGAGGUGACGGCAGCAGUAACGCACACGGUGCCUUUGGCUCCUCCUCCUCCUCCUGCGAUCACUAUCGCCCCCACACUCGGCCUGCAGCCCAGCAUCGUCAUGUCUGAUCAGAACCUGCAGUGGAUCCUCAGCAGUGCCGCCAGCGCGCAGCAAAACCCUGAACAACAGGGCCCAAAAGUAGAGAAGGUCUUUUUUACAACAGCCAUUCCAGUUGGUGGACAUUCAGGGAAUGCAGUGCAGCAGAUCGGUCUGAGUCUGCCGGUCAUCAUCAUAAAGCAGGAGGAGUCCUGUCAGUGUCAGUGUGCCUGCAGAGACUCGGCUAAAGACAAGAGCACUGCCACCUCGCUGGAGAAGUCAAAGAACACGUCGUCGCCUCCUCCUGCUCCUCCAGCUCCUCCAGCCCUCCCCGAAGAACCUCCAUCCUGCUGCCCAUCCAAAGAGAACCCCGCUCAGCCCCUAGAGGACAACCUGGCACCUCCGGUGACCCCCAACACCCCCAGCGAUGGCCUGGCCGGCAUGGAUGUGUCAGAUCUGCUCAGUCCAGACACCACGGCCAAAAUAGAGGCCCUGCUCAUGGUGGCGGAUGAGUUCGGCAUGCCUGAUAGAGCAAGCAGCAGCGCCCCCUAGAGGCUCAGGCCUCGCUGUUCGUCUGUACCGUGUACGGAUGGGUAUCUCACACACACCUGUACCUCUGCUAUAGGCACGCGUCUCUCCCCAGGCCUGUGUGACCCUGAUCCGAGUGAGUGGUUUUUGGUGCACUUUUAAGGGAGAGUAGCAGACGGAGCAGUUUAGGGAACCAGGAGAAGUAGUUUAGUUGCUUCUCAUAAUGAUUUGAGUGUCGGUAGUGUUUUAACCCCGCUGUUUUGGUAGAUUAUUUCAGAGAUUAUUUAAAGAUCUAAAUCUGCUUAUAGAGAUUCUCCGUAUAAAACAAGAUGAGGUUUGGCCGGCCACAUGCUGUGCUUGAGUUUAAACUUGAAACCCUCUAGAUCGAUGGGAACGUACUGCACGCUGAUUCACUGGUGUGUCUGAGACUUCAACAGAAGGGCCUUCAUCACAGCUUGUGGGUAAUGAAGUCAUCUGCGGAAAGUCCUGCACAUUGAAACGUUGAAGUAUUUUAUGUGUAAUUUAUUAGAAAGGCUGCAGUGCUCAAAAUAAUAUUAAUAAUGUGAUUUGUUGAGGUUUUAUUUUACAGUUUGUCAUUCUUGAUAAACUGCAAUGAACAUUUACCUGCCUUUUAAAUGUAAUUUAGGUUUGUUUGGCUGCCUAUAACUUGGUAUUUAAUUUUAUGUAUGUUAAUUUAUUAAAAUACUCAAUUGUUGGAUAAAUGUAGCUCUCUUUCCCAACUUUUCAC